AUAAAAACAAAUUAUCAUUUGUUCGAUAUUCGAUUACUAAAAAUAUGUUGAAUGUUAUUAUUGUGACACGAGCUAUUAAUUUAAAUGUCUAAAAUUCAAAACUUCGAAUUGCACUUUGUUUAUCAAAUCUGUACAUCAAUUUAUAAAUAUAAAUCAUCAUAAUCUUUGUUGCAAAAUUAAGGCAGUGAAAUAUUUUUGUGCAUUUUUAUUUAUCAUUGUAAUUUCAACUGUUUAUCAUGGAAGAUAUACCUGUUUCACAUAUUGGUCAUAAGAUACUAUAUGAAUUCAAAGAUAAAUUAGAAUCUAGACACAUGGUAAAGAUACUCAUGCCUGAUCUUCAAAAUUCAGAUUUAUGUUCAUCAGGUGAGACAAUAUUUGUCAAGAUUAUCGGAGCUAGGAAAAGUAUUAGAAAAGUGCAGAGAUUCCUGAAUCGAAAAUUGUUAUUUCAACAAAAAUUGGUAUCGGGUGGUCAAGAAGGAGAUCAAUCUGUAAUUAUACUAAACAGUGACUCAGAAGAUGAAAAUGCCAAGGAAGGAAAAAGAUGUGUGAAACAAAACGAAGAGGAGCCUCCUAGAAAAAAACUUUGUGCUGAAAUUAUUGAAAUUGAUUCUGUUGUACCAUCUGUGAGAUCAGGAAAUCAUUCUCCAUUCUGCGAAGUAACUAGCACUACUAAUGCAGACGAAUCAGUCAUUAUUAUAGAUGUUCCAACUGCUGAAGAAUUUAUUCCUAUUUGCACAACAAACCCACAAAUUGAACUAACACCAAGUACAAAAACUGUUCCUGAAGUGGAUGAUGAUGAUGUUGUUGUAAUUUCUUCAGAUGAAGAAGAUACUGUGAAUCAGGUACAACAGUUACCAAUUGUACCAAAAGCCAUUUGUACACCUCCCAAACGACUCAGACCGGUAGUUAUUGAUGGCAGUAACGUUGCACGAGCGCAUGGGAAACCACAAAAUACGUUUUCAUGUAAAGGCAUAAAAAUCUGUGUAGACUAUUUUUUGAAAAAAGGUCACCCUCAGGUCACAGCAUUCGUACCACUUUUUAGACGGCAUUGUAGAAAUGGUCCUAUAGUGACCACAGACCAGUAUAUAUUGGAAGAACUUGAGAAAACGCAAAAUGUAGUAUUUACCCCCUCUAGGAGAGUUGAUGGAAAGUCAUACAUGUGCUAUGAUGACAGGUUUAUUGUUGAGUUGGCUGUUGCAAAUGGAGGUGUUAUUUUAUCAAAUGACAAUUAUAAAGAUCUGAUAAAUGAGAGUCCAGACUUUGCAAAAACUAUUAAAAAUAGAUUGUUGAUGUAUUGCUUUGUUGGAGAUAUGUUAAUGAUUCCUGCAGACCCUUUGGGAUCAAAAGGACCUAAACUUGAAGAGUACCUCUCCUUUCCUCCUGGGUACACAUAAGAUUCUUGUCAUCGGAUGUUUGUUAACUGUUUUUUUUAUAAAUACCACUUGUUUUGGUGAAAAAAAAUUAUUUUUAUUUAAAUUUUGUAAAUAGAUAUGUAUAUGGAUACUCACAGCAGAUACUGUAAGCAUCAUAUAUUCAUAUUGAAAUAAAAUUCAAUUUUUUCAAGUGAA